UUGAUAUUUAAUUUUGGAAAAUUUUUUAAAAUUACGACAGUGCAUAUGUCGAGCCUUGCCUACUCCAUAAAAUAUAAAUCAUAGAGUGAAAUGGUUUAUGACAUGUUGAUAAUAACAUGUAAAACUCAAAAUUCGCAAACAUCGGGCAAGACUGAUAAGUAUAAGGAAGAAAUCCUUGAAUUUGAACAUGUUCCAAAAUAUAUGAAAUGUGAACCUGCAGAUGAUGGAAAAAUAAAAAUGGAACCCUCAAAUCAUGUUAGAUAUAUGGACCUUUAUUUUGCUCGCGAUUCCUUUAUGAAUCAUCCAUUAGACCGUAAUUAUGGAACUAACCUUUCACUUAUUUUUUUAACACAUGGUGGAAUACGUGAAAAUAAAAAGAAAAUUCAAAAUCCACGAUGUGGUAAACGUAAAUUGAGGAAGGCAAGCGAUGAAUCUAAAUUUAUAUCCGGUCCGAAUGUAUUUACAGUUCCAUCAAUGUUGGGUGAAAAUGUCAUUGGAAAUGCAGAUGUUCCACAUACCCAUUCAAUAAAGGGUCGUUAUAGUCCAUUUUUCUACAACACAUUCAAUACUCCUUUUUCAAAUCCCUAUACUUCAAAAGUUAAUGUUGAUAAAAAAAGGGUGCAUAAGUGUUGUAGUCAUUCCCGUCAAACUGAGCAAUUGAAAGAUAUUCCAGGGCCAGGCACUAAUUACCAACAAAAAUAUAAUGCUCAUAAAAUAGCUAAAAAAAUAUCUUAUUCUGUAAUGAAUAAGCAAUACUCCAUUUGAGCGAUUUUUAUUCCUUAUUCGUUCUUGCAUGUAUUGACCUGAGGAACAUAGGAAAUCUAUUUAAUCAAUAUAUCUAUAUCUAU